CAGGUGGAAGCUGCUCUCACCACAGACCCUACCAAUGAAGAAUUAUUAAAACUUCAAAAAGAUCUUCAGAUCAUGCGCCUUCAGGAGUGAGCAUGAUAAGGAGAUGCAAGAAGAAUCAUGUAGAUAAACCUGGUGACAAGGCGUAAGUAUGGGCUUCCCCCACACACAAGAUCAUCUCUUACUGACAGGGUUGUUAUGCUACCAUAUUUAGAAAGUGUUUUGUAUAUUUUUAUUUUACCUUUUUAUGGUAUCUGAUAUUGGUGUUUUUUUUGUCAGUUGUUUUGAGUGGAUAUAUUUCCAAGUGUAAAGAUGAGUCUUUUCAAGUGAGCAAGUGUCUAGCAGGUCAAAAAUGGAAGUGCAGUUGAGUCUAGUCAGAAAUAUUAAUUCCAAGCCAUAUUUCAAUUAUAACUGUUCUGCUGAGCUUUUAAAAGUUCAGUUACCUGGCCUGCUGUUUGUUAGUCAGCUUUUCAACAUAAUGUUUUUUUUAAAGAAUACUUUGAUGAUUUGUAUAUUUUUGUUUUUGGAGAUUUUUGGUAGAUAAAAAGUUUGCUGCAUCUUGUGACAGAUGAAUGCACGAGAAUGUAGUAUGAGUAAAUAUUACUACUACUGUACUAUAGUUCUACAAAACCAUGUCAUCUCUUUGGUACUUACUUGUGUGCUUGGCUCUUGUACUCAGGAGGUGAUUGCGUUGACAGCGGAGCUGAUCUCGCAACCCUCGGCCCCGUCGGCAGAAGGUCAUGGCGCCACAGCGGCGGCCGGUGCUGGUUCGGGUGCUUCAGCGGCGGGCUCGGGAGCGGAGGCGUCGGGGGAGGGCGCGUGGAACAUCGGCGAUUCCUGCAUGGCUCUCUACCAGGAGGACGGACAACACUAUGAGGCAGUCAUUGAGGAGAUCCUGGAAGACGGGACCUGCACUGUCACCUACACCGGCUACAACAACAGCGCCAUCUGCCCCAUCUCACAGUUGAAGUCAAUCGACGACAGACUGAAGAGGGGAGCAAAGGGUGACCGUACAGUUGACGCAAAGAAAUCAAAGAAAGAUCUGAUCGCUGAGCAGCGCGAGUACAAGCGGAAAAAAUCCCAGAAGAAAGCCCAGAGGAUGAAGCAGCUGGAGGAGGAACACGAGCAGGACAAGAACAGGUGGCUGGACUUUAACGUCAAGGCGUUCUCAAAGACGAGCAAGGGCAAGGUGAAGAAAAGCAUCUUCGCCACCCCGGACAGCGUGAGCGGGAAAGUGGGCGUGGGAACCUGCGGCUCUGGGGGGAAACCCAUGACGUCGUAUCAGCACCAGGAGAAGUGGAAGAAGUAG